GGUACGAGAACACACAAGUUUGUUCCCAUGUCCAGCAAGGAGGCCACGAUGCCGACAAUAUAGGCAGAGAAUACACCGAAUCAUGAGUGCGAAUACUGAGACAAGUUCUGAGGGUAAGCCUUUCGAGGACGGACCUUACAUAUUACGAACACUCCUGAAGGACGUGCCGUUGUCUGCGGAUGGUGCCGACAAUGGGACGAAGAUCAAUUGCGUUGAGUACUUUGACCACAAUCUCUACAUUGGAACGAACGCAGCCGAACUCCUUCACUACGUCCAUAUUCCCCCAGAUGCAAACCAUAUGACUGCAAAGCAGACCUUCAUCCUCGCGUCUAGGCUCCAACCGCCGUUCUCUGAAUCGAGCACCACGCGGCCCGGAGUCCAACAGAUCUUACUCCUGCCCAAGGUGUCGAAGGCAUGCGUACUAUGCAACUGGACCGUCACCUUCUACUCUCUGCCAGAGCUCAGUCCUGUCUUCGGCACUAAACAAGUAAAGAACUGUAACUGGGUUGGGGGAGUGGACUUGAAUGAGUCACGUGAAGGCUCUGAUGCUUCUUCCGCUGUUACGAUCUUGCUGUCUCUGAAUCGAAGAAUACAAGUCGUAAGAGUGGGAGAUGAUGCGACGGCCGUCAAGAAAAUCGACAUUGGGGAGAGCAUUGUUUCCGUACGACGAGACUCAAUCGCGUGCGUGGCUGAUUCCAGGAGCUAUGCUUUGUUGGACAUUGACAGGCAGUUGAAAAUCCCGCUGAUGAGCAUUUCGUCCGUGGACGACUUUCAACAAUCCAGUUCAAUCGGCCGAGCCCUAGACGUUACCGGGAGUCAUGACGCAGCUAUUUCAAGAAGCGCUUCGGCUGCCCAGAACCGUCGUUUCUUGAGUCCGAGUGACUCCCAUGGUCAUACUAGAAGUACAAGCUUGGGGGGCGCCGUAUCCAGUGGUAUACAGGACAACAAUCUCAAGCCAUCUGAUAUUCACCGGCUGUCACAGGAUUCAACUGCAGACAAGCCACUACCAGGUCUCCCAGACAGCACCACCACCGAUCUCCCGCACUGCGAUGUCCCAGCGAGGCCACGGCCACGGCCCGUCUUCCUGAAGCCGCACAUUGUCUCGCCGACCCCGGAGGAGUUUCUUGUUGUCACAGGCACAGGACCAUCAGAGCCAGGCAUUGGACUUUUUGUAAAUCUCGACGGUGAUCCUACCCGACCAACCAUCCAGUUCGACCGAUACCCACGGGAUGUUGUUGUUGACGAGGGCCUAUCCGAUUCACGCACGCAAUAUCCAGCUCCCACUGACGGAGACGACGGAUACAUCAUUGCGUCUAUGACGAAGAGCUCUGGCGGUGCACUUCACCAUGGUCUCGAGAUCCAGCGAUGGACUAGCGAGGUCGCGGGGACAGAACCGUCGAAAUUUUGGCUUGAGGCCGAUGAUACGUCGACAGCCCUGGGCAUAGGGUCAGUUUCUGAAUGGGGCGAGACUUUUUUUCGUGAAGUAGUGGACGGGCUACGACAAACAAGAUUCUCACUGUUCGCCCUAGACAAUUCAACGUUGUUGCGGAAGACGGGCGACUCCGACAUUAACACAUCUCUGGACCAAGUCAUUGGAGAGCGGAAGUUGUUUGAUCGGGACACCGAUACGCAGAGCGACGACGGCUCCCUAUCUGAGGGUUGGGAAUUCAGGCGGAAUGCCGAAGAAGAAGGGUAUGCUUCUAGGUUCGCGAGGGCAUAUUCGCGGUUAGCCGUCUGGUCUGGGAACCGCAUCUGGUGGGCAACUCGUAAGCCCUUGCUUCUCCGGCUAGAUGCCCAGCUUGACGCUGCAUAUGCACACGGGCACGAUUCCAGUCCCUUGAGCAUUGACCGCCGUGCAGUCUUACGUGUUUUGAAAUUGAUCCGGGGGAGAGAUGCGAGGUCAGAAGUUGAAUUUGUAUCGCUCAGCUACAUCCGCCAGAAAGCGGGCAUCAUGCUCCUUGAUGAUUUCCUAAACCCAAGUGGCACCCCUUUUUCGGACACGGAGGUCAAGGCAUUGGAGGAGGUUUUGGCUGAAAGCUCACUCGAUGCUCGCGUCGUCAUCUCGCUGAUUCCCGGUCUUCGCAAUGAAGUCGUGGAAAGUCGCAAGGGAAUUUGGGUAUUCGACGGUGUCAAAAAGACCGCGGAACAGCACUUACGGCGGAACACCUUCGAACAAGGAAAGAUGCCAUUUUCGACACUUGAUACUAGCAUUUUCCAGUUCUUGCGACGAUUCCUAUCGUCGUGGAGGAAAAAGAAGGGUUUCGGGAGUGUGCCGGAUGAUAGGGAGGUCUUCCGGACGGUGGAUGCGGCACUCUUAACGGUUCUUCUGGAGCUGGAUCGGCGCUCCCCAGUCUCCCACGUGAGGGCUGAGCUGUACGAGAUGGUCGAUAAGGGGGUUGAUUGUUUCGACCGAGCCAUCUCCCUACUGGAAUCCUAUCACCGAUUGUUUGUCCUCAGUCGACUCUACCAAAGCCGAAAGAUGGCCGGUGAUGUGCUUGGGACAUGGCGCCGUAUUAUUGAGGGCGAACGGGAUGACGGGGGCGAAUUUCGCGAUGGCGAGGCUCGCGUUCGAGACUAUCUCACCAAAGUCAGCAGCCAACCUCUCGUGCGCGAAUACGGCAUCUGGCUCGCAAAUCGCAACCCGAAGCUGGGUGUCCAGGCUUUCGCAGAGGACGAGGGCCGGGCACCGAAAUACGCACCAGCCGAAGCCAUAACUAUACUUCGUGAUGAAGCACCCAGCGCGGUCAAGUACUACUUGGAACAUCUCGUCUUUGGGAAAGGCCAAACAGCCUUUGUUCAGGACUUGAUAACCUAUUAUCUUGAUAUCAUUAUUGGCGAAUUAAGAUCGUCCGAGACUAGCCGGGAGACUUUCGCGGCCACGUAUGUGGCAUAUCGCGCCCUCCAGACACCUAAACCAACAUACCAACAGUUUUUGACAGACAACGCGCCAGCAUACAACGAAGUGUGGCAAGGUCGCCUGCGGUUAUUGCAGCUCUUAAGCGGAACAUGCGAGUAUGAUACAUCCGCCAUAAGGGAACGCAUUAGUUCCCUUCCAGACGAACUUCUCGUCCCAGAAACAAUCAUCCUGGAUGGGCGUGAGCAGCACCAUGAAAAUGCCAUUCGUCUUCUCGUCCACAAACUGGGCGAUUACGAUACCGCUAUUUCGUACUGCAUCCGGGGUGGCUCUAGUAUCUACGCCCGAUCCAGCCAGAAACGAGACAGCAUGCCAACACAUCAAAUGCAGGCACGGCUGUUCCGUGCUGUUCUGGGAGAGUUCCUCUCCAUCGAAGACGUCAGCGACCGUGUCGAACAGACGAAGUCGCUCCUGGAAAGGUUCGGAGGCUGGUUCGAGCUUGAUGACGUACUAGCCUUGAUUCCAGAUAAUUGGUCUGCCAGUGUCGUCUCGGGUUUCCUCGUCCGGUGUGUACGCCGCCUUGUCCAAGAACGGCAUGUAAGUUCGGUAAAGAAGGGCCUGAGUUCAGCUGAGAACUUGCGUGUGGGUUUCGACUUGAUUUGCAGAGUCGAAGAACGAGGCCCGUCAAUUCAAACAUCGCAGUGCGACCUGUAAAAACCGAGCCCAUUUCUGCUCGCGCCUAAAUGCUAACUGGGUUAAGCUUCUAUUUCCCUGUGUCUCCUAUCCAUGGACAUCUAUUGUCUGUGGGUGGAUAAUUUACCGUCCGCAACGGUAGCCGGUUCGAAAGUGCCCACCCGCAUAACGGGCAAGUCCUUGCCGUUGUCCGU